CAAGACAACAACAAUGUGUUACUACAACUACACCACAUUCAAAGCAGCCGUACUCGUUAUUACGGUCAUUGUAGGGCGUGUGCAUGGAGAUUCAAUCUGCGGGCCAACUCCGGCGAAAGACCAGGCGACGUUCGCCGGUUAUCUGGAUCAUCUUCUCUACGACCUGGUGAAGCACAGCGUAAACCAUCUCCCGCCACCUGGAGCAAUGGUCAUCACCUAUACGGCGACGUAUCCACCGGAAGGCGGUCCUGGCUCCGUCACCGGCACUGCCAGGUGUUACGAAGUGGGAUACGGUAGUGUGAGCGCAUGCGCUAUUUGUCUCAACGACAUGUGGCCGUAUUUGCAGCAGUGCGAGACCACGUCUUCUAGCGGAGGAGCUUACUAUGGCGGAAGGUGCGACAUUGUGUUCCACGAGAACACUACGUAGUUAGGGUUUUCGUUUUGCAGAUUAGAAAUAAAUAUCAUAACAACGUACCACAAAUCUUAUAAAGCAGACCACACUAUAAUUACUAUAAAUCAUACCACAGAUCGCAUACAUCAGAAACACGAGAAAGUAAAACAUAAAUAUCCUAAAACGGAGACACAGAUCUCACAAAAUACACCAUGAAUCUUAUAUAGAGCAUGUUUGGAGGUUGGGAUUCUCCAAAUAGAUAAUGCAUUUAAUCAAUCUGUGUAUUAUCA